UCUGAAGGAGUAGUUGGAAGUUUGGUUGUACGCAGCAAACAAUUUCGUGUUUUCACUGAACAUGCCUAGUCUAGUUGAUUUGUGUGAAAAAUACUUUGGGCACAAAGACUUUUAUGAUGUUCUACGUAUACCGAAAAAUGCAAAUGAAAAACAAAUUAGGAAAGCGUACCAUAGGCUGUCUCUGCUUGUGCAUCCUGAUAGAGUUGAAGAGCAAAAGAAGGCUGAAGCAACGGAGAAAUUUAAAGUUUUGGGAAAGGUUCAUUCAAUAUUGAGUGACAAAGAGAAGAAAGUGGUUUACGAUGAAACAGGAUCAUAUGAUGAGGAAGAUGAGAAGGCAGAGAGAGAUUGGAAUGAGUAUUGGAGACUGUUGUUCAAGAAAAUCACAAUUGAAGAUAUCAACAGAUAUAAGAAACAAUAUCAAGGCUCUGAAGAAGAGUUAUCAGACUUAAAACGGGCCUAUACUGAUGGAAAAGGUGACAUGGACUUCAUCCUGGAAUCUGUACCAUUUAGUAAUACAGAAGAGGAGCCACGGCUUCGCUCAUUGCUGCAGGGAAUGAUUGACAGUGGGGAAGUUCCCGCAUUCCGUGCAUUCACUCACGAAACUCCUCGCAAGCGAGAGCGGAGGAAGAGGAAGUGGGAAAAAGAAGCACAAGAGGCAGAGAAAAUGAAGGUGGAAAUGAAUAUGGAUGACGGGGAAGAAGGACUACGAGCCAUAAUCCAGGCUAAGCACGCCCAGAGGACUGUCGACGCCGACGCGUUCUUCGACCAUCUGGCAGCGAAAUACAGUGGUGGAGGUGGUAGUGCUAAGAAGAAAGGCACGCGACAGCAGCCUGCGAGGAAGCAAGCCAAGAAGUAGUGCAGCAGUGGGCUGUCCAAGAGCGGAGUGAGGCUACAGACUGAAAACAAAUUUAUUUCUGGUGUAUUUUAUCAAUGUAUAACUUGCUACAGCAUUGUUUAAGAACUUGUUUGACCCAAAUCUGUCACACAUAGUUUACCUUGAAUGAAAAUGUAAUUUGUGGGCCAUGUUAUACAUUUGUCGAUUUCUAAACAUUUUGUGUGUGUGUGUGUGUGUGUGUGUGUGUGUGUGUGUGUGUGUGUGUGUUUUGAGAACACUCAGAAAGACUGUCGACUGUUACUUGUAGUUAUACUGCCAGCUCAGACAUACUGUUCUUCUCCUUUGGUUCACAUAUACUUUGUUAAAAAUUAGUACACAGUUUUCAUUUUGAAAAUGAGUUCUUAAUGUGAUUAAGUUCACCAGGAAAAGCUAAAAACUGUGAUACAACUUUACUGUCCUACCCUACACUUGGACUGCCACCGUAUGUUGUGCAGUGUGAGGUAGUGUUAUCUUUGUGUGUGGCUGCUUUAAGUACAAUGAAAUCUUUAAAAAGUGAUUAUUUUAAUUUGUAGUACUAGCCUUGAAUCAUUCAUGAUGAUCUGAAACAGCAAUAAGGGAUCCUUCAAGCACCUGGGAAGUACUUGAGGUUCCACAUGUCAUGUGAAGGACACAGUACUGGAAACGGAAGGUGUGAUUUGCAAUUUUAAAUUUGAAAGUACUGGCAUAACUUUAACAAGAUGAUGCAUAAAGCAUUGUGGUUAUCCAAACAGUAAUUGUAUCCUGUGAUGUGUUGUUGGAUUUGACAGAUGACUGCCACUAUCACCUGUGGAGACAGUCUGUCAUAGGCCCAAUAACUAUUCUCACAGUUUAUAGCCAUUAUGUGUUUACACUCUGGAUUGAUAUCAGUGGAAUAACCACAUACAGU